UGGCCCGAGCAACCCAGAGAGCUUCUGAUCGCAGCACAGCCUUGGACUUAUUUCAAGGGAAAUUAACCCCAAAACCUCUCCACAAGGCCGUGGCCCUGAGCAUAUGCCCCAGGAAAAGCUAGGGAUGAGCACCUCCCUGAGCUACAAGUCGUUCUCCAAAGAGCAGCAAACUAUGGAUAACCUGGAGAAACAGCUGAUCUGCCCCAUCUGUUUGGAGAUGUUCACCAAGCCAGUGGUCAUCCUGCCCUGCCAGCACAACCUCUGUCGGAAGUGCGCCAGUGACAUCUUCCAGGCCUCCAACCCCUACCUGCCAACCAGGGGAGGUACAACUGUGGCAUCGGGAGGCCGCUUCCGCUGUCCCUCCUGCAGGCACGAGGUGGUCCUGGACCGACACGGUGUCUACGGGCUGCAGAGGAACCUGCUGGUGGAGAACAUCAUUGACAUCUACAAGCAGGAGUCCACAAGACCUGACAGGAAGUGUGACCAGCCAAUGUGUGAAGAGCACGAAGAUGAGAGAAUUAAUAUUUAUUGUUUGAACUGUGAAAUGCCCACCUGCUCCUUGUGCAAAAUCUUUGGUGCCCACAAAGACUGUCAGGUUGCUCCUCUCACAAAUGUUUACCAGCAACAAAAGUCUGAGCUGAGUGAUGGCAUUGCAGUCCUGGUGGGGAGCAAUGACAGAAUGCAAGGGAUUGUCACACAGCUGGAGGAGACCUGCAAGACAGUUGAGGAAUGCUGCAGACGACAGAAAGAACAGUUGUGUGAAAAAUUUGAUUAUCUCUAUUCUGUACUGGAAGAAAGAAAAAAUGAGAUGACACAAAUAAUCACUAGAACCCAAGAGGAGAAACUGGAACACAUCCGCUCCCUGAUGAAGAAGUACGCGGAUCACUUGGAAGCAGUGUCAAAACUAGUUGAAUCAGGAAUCCAGUUCAUGGAAGAACCAGAAAUGGCUGUGUUUUUGCAGAAUGCCAAAACAUUGCUACAAAAUCUCAAUUUCAGAAUUACUGAAGCUUCUAAAGGAUUUCAAAUGGAAAAAAUAGAGGAUGGGUAUGAAAAUAUGAACCAAUUCACAGUGAAUCUUAGUAGAGAAGAAAAAAUAAUACGAGAAAUUGAUUUUGACAGAGAGGAGGAGGGAGAAGAAGAAGAGGAGGAGACAGAGGAUGGCGAAGGCCUGGGUGAAGUCCACACAGAGUCAUCAGGAGAGGAGGAAGAGGAGGAAGAGGUGGAAGAGGAAGGCAUGGAGAGAGCACCACAGCCACCUCAGCAGGACUCCGAAGCACAGAGUGCAGGGGGAGAGCUGCUGGCUGAACCCACUCCAGCUGCCCCAGCUGGUCAGGAUGUUGUUGUGACACCAAGUGGUUCUCAACAGACUCCUGAGUCUGACACUCAAGUGCCGGCCACAGCUGAAACCAUCGAUCCCUUGUUUUACCCUAGCUGGUAUAAGUCCCAAUCACGGCGACCAAGCAGUCCAAGCUCAACCCCGGUGAGUGGGCUGGGGAAAGUAGGGACUCCUGUUUCUCUGGAAACAAGUGCAAAGAAGGCAGAAGCCCCGACAGCAGCAACAAUCGAGGAGAAUGCACCAGGGAGUGGUAAGGAAAGUAAUGCCACUGCAGCGAUGUCCAAGACUGGUUCUGAACCAUACCCUCAAGGACGAGUGGAGGAAGCUCCCGUGAGCAGUGAGAGGGGUGAUGAGCCGGCUCGUCAUGUCUUCUCCUUCUCCUGGUUGAACUCACUGAAUGAAUGAUGACUCACUCUGGCUGGCUUCUGGUGUGCUUCUCCUCAGAAGGACCAUGAGCACAGGCAGCCUGGCUGCAGUCAGCAAAGAAACUGGCCUGGGAAGGGACAUCUGAGCAGGAUUCAUUCCUACGAACUCAGCUGACCUCCACGUCAUGCCCUUGAAUUGACAGACCUGAGAGGGAGGGGAGCAUGGGGACAGGUUACGAUAUGUAUUGUAGUCAGAGUGUUUUCCAGUAAUUUCUUGCUUCCAAGAGGGAAGAAGCAUCACUACAGCUUUAGGCUGAGCACUGCUAGUAUUUUGUAACUCACUUGAUGGCACAUCCCCAUGUAGGUGUAAACACUUCACCAAUGUUCUUAGCUAAAAUGCUGGUAUGAUAUUCUCUAGUAGCAUCCUUUGCCAAAACAGUGUUUCUUCUCAGUAUCCUCCUGCAUCCCCACUUGUCAGUGCUGGUGACUUCAGUGACACUAUCAUGUCCUUGGCAGCCCCAAGUCAGGGUUGUGUCUAACAGUACUGGUGCCUCCCAGGCUGCGGAGGCUGAACACGGCAGGGAAGAAAGAAGCUGCCAUUUCUUCCUUUGCACUUGCUCUUCCUACUAAACCAUAACAGAUGACGCUCACAGAAACACAUUAUUUGUAAGGAAGAUUCCCAGUGGCAGGAGAGAAGAAGAUGCACAUAUCAAAAGCACUGGCCAAGACCCCCACACAGCUAUGAGUGUAUGGGGCAGUUGCUGAAGUGCUGCCCAGUCUGUCCAGCCAUAACCUGUGUCUGUGUCUUCUCAGACAUCAGUGUGUGUACAAAAGGGGACGUGUUCUUACACGAAACCAGAGUGAAAUUAGGUAGUCACAGGUGCUCACUCAAGGUUUAAUUCGAAGCCCCUGUGCUGUGCUGUAGAAAAGGCAGAUGCUGACUGUCCUGUUCUGUGUGCCUUGCAGAUGUUGAGCCACCAAAUGAAAUCAAAUUUAUGUCUUAAAAGAGGCUCUACAAGUUGUUCUGAAGGCAACACUCUGAUUUUUGUCACUGGGAGUAGGGUGUCAACACUCAGUAGCGUUUGAGAGAUUGUCAGGCUGCCGGGAGCACUUGGUGCCAUAGGGGACCAGGUGUCAAGCUCUGCAAUAGGGUUAUGGGUGGAUCUUUCCCAAAUCCCUGAGCCAGGCCCGCAGUGCACUCUUUUGGCAGGGGCCUUGUGGGGCCAUAAGGCUGCGCUGUGCCCCAGGAGGACUGGUGAGCUGGCAGUGCAGACUGGUUAAGCAGGCUGUGGGGGGUGAGCCCCUGUCCUGGACACCUGUCGCUACCGGCCCGAGUGACAUCAAACCUCGCUGGUAUCUGUUUUCCGUGGAGAACGUUCCCUGGAAAACUCUCCUGCGAGUUUUGGAGGGCUGCGCAGGCGAGCUCCGCGCAAAGCUUUGGAGCUCGCGCAACCCAGAACGAGCGCCGCCCAGCACCGCCACCGCAUCGCCUCCGGCUGCUGGAGCAGCUUUUCCCUGGGAUUUGGUUCGGGGUGAAGGAUUUACUAUUUUCUCCUAGUCGUCCUGGAAAUUUCCCCCAGUUCCUCGUGGGAAGUUUCUCCACACCCACGACCGCCUCCCUAGAAGCCGCUGGGAGGGACACCGGUUGGGCACCGCCGUCGGGACGGGGAAAGCCGAAGCAGGGAGGAACCUGCCCUUUUGGGGUGCGGGGAGGAUGCAAAAACGCAAAAGAGAUGCGGGAGCGCCUCAGCGCUUUCCCUUCGCUGCUCCCCGGCGGGAAGAGGCUGCCCGAUCCCGGCCACAGCGGCAGGAGCCAGGGAGCCCCCUCGGGGGGC